CCGUGCCGUGCCGUGCCGUGCCGUGCCGAGCCGAGCCGAGCCGAGCCGAGCCGAGCCGAGCCGGAGCCGGGCGGCAGCAUCGCGGAGCAGCGGAGGAUGCGGCGGCGGCGGCGGUGCCGGGCUGCCUGAGGAUGCUUCGCCCUGCCCAGCUCCGGACCUGACGCCUGCAUUCCCCUCCCCAUCAGCAUGGCGCAGGCCGGGGGCCUCGUCCACCUCCCCACGGCUGAGGGCUGCUCUGCCUCGCCCCCACCCUUCUCCCACCCCGGGGACCACCACCCCUGGCCUCCAGCCGCCGCCAGCCCCGAACUGGACCACCGCAGCCCCCCGCGCUGCCUCACCCCCAACCUCAAUGCCGGCCGCCUCCACCUCCUGCGCAAGGGCCUGGCCCCUGACGCCCGCCGCAGCCCCCUCGGCCUCUACAACAGCACGGGCUCCCUGGCCCGCAAGCCGACGGAGACGGGGCCCUUCGGCAACGGUGGCUGCCCGGGCGGGGGGCGCCUGACAGCCCCCUGCACCCCACGGAGGGGCCAGCACGUGGCGGGGCUCGCCUCGCCCGGCAGCCGCAGCCCGCUGGUGGCCCCCGAGGGACGCAGCUCCGUCGUCACCUUCCGCUUCAUUGAGAAGGCCAGCGUGCGGCCCCUCGGCGGCCCCCCGGCCCCCCGGGAGAACGGGCCCUGUGCUGUGGAGCACGGCGAGGGCUGGUGCGUGCCCCCCGGCCAGCCCCAGCCCCAGCCCCAGCCCCAGGAGCGGCUGCUGCGCAAGCUGAAGCUGGAGGCCUCCGUGUCCGACCCGCUCCUGGCCGGCAGCAGGUCCCCGGGGGAGACGCGUGCCCGCGGGGCUGGGAGGGAUGCUGGCACCCUCGCCACCAGCUGCCUCUUCAGCUCCCUCACCAAUGGGCUGCAGGCCCCUCCGGGGGAUGUCCCCACCAGCCCCCGGCCACAGGGCAGCGCCUGGCCGUGCCCCCGGCAGAGCUCAGCCCAUGCCCAGCGCAUCGCCAGGGCCAAGUGGGAGUUCUUCUAUGGCUCAGUGGAGGCCCCGAAGGCAGGCUCCUCGGCCCUCCUCGCUGAGCCCUCCCCGAAGCCCGGCUGCCUGCUGCCCACGGAGCCGCAGAAGUCGGUGCCCGAGCACGGCCUGAGCCACGUGGAGGUGGAGAUCGAGGUGUCCCCGCCGGGCGGCAAGGAGCACGGCUCCUGCGAGACGGGCAUCAUCAGGAGGACGGUGAAGUACUCCGAGACAGACCUGGACACCGUGCCGCUGCGGUGCUAUCGUGAAACCAACAUCGACGAUAUCCUGGCCGAGAAGGAUGAGGUGGAUUCGGCUAUCGAGAGCCAAAAGGACAGCGAGAGCAACCCCAGCUUCGUGGGGACGCCAGGACGGAGGAACAGCACGCCCGAGGGGCUCCCCGAGCACAGCGCCAAGCGCACGAAGGGCGGGCUGCGUGGCGGAGACGUGGAGGAGGACGAUGAGGUGUUUGAGGCCAUGAGGAAGGAGAACAGGGAAAGGAUCAUGGAUCGAGACACGCAGGGUAUGCUCAAGUCUCCAGUGCCUUUCCUACUAGGGCACAGCCUCUCCAAGGAUGGCAUGGACUCUUUCAGCAAGCAUUUUGAGAGCAUCAUGGAGUCCCAUCGAGCCAAAGGCACGUCUUACACCAGCCUGGACUCCAUUGACAUCCUCUCCUCCCCAGCCCGCACCCAUGGGACCUUUUUCACUUUUGACCUCCCAACCCUCACCCCAGAAGUACAGGGACAGAUCCGAGACAGCGCCAAGCUGAUCGAGGAGAACUUUGCUCCUCUGGCUCACUUGGAGCCAGACUCUGGGACCAGCUCGGCCACAGAUGCCCCCUGGACUGAGAGGGAGGAGGAGCGAGGCAGGCAGAGGAAAGGCAUCCGGCGCAGCCCUUGCUGCUCAGAGGACAGCUUUGGUACUCCCUUGGCCUCCAACAUGAGCGACCACCCCCUGAGCCAGCUGGUUUCUGACUCGGACUCGGAGAUGGACAGCAUGGAGCAGCUGGCCCUGGGCAGCACAGACACCCUCUCCAACGGGCACAAGGCUGACCUGGAGGCUGCCAAACGCCUGGCCAAGAGGCUCUACAACCUGGAUGGCUUCAAAAAAGCAGAUGUGGCCCGCCACCUGGGGAAGAAGUACGUCAACGAGUUCAGCAGGAUGGUGGCAGGGGAGUACCUCAAGUUCUUCGUGUUCACGGGGAUGAGUCUGGACCAGGCUCUCAGGUCCUUUCUGAAGGAGCUGGCCUUGAUGGGAGAGACGCAGGAGCGGGAGCGAGUGCUGGCUCAUUUUUCCCAGCGCUAUUACGAGUGCAAUCCCAAUGCCAUCUCCUCGGAGGACGGAGCCCACACCCUGACCUGUGCCCUGAUGCUGCUCAACACAGAUCUGCACGGACACAACAUCGGGAAGAGAAUGUCCUGCUCCGACUUCAUUGGCAACUUGGAGGGGCUCAACGGAGGCACUGACUUCCCCAAGGAGCUGCUCAAGGCGCUGUACGGCUCCAUCAAGAACGAGAAGCUGCAGUGGGCCAUAGAUGAGGAGGAGCUGAGGAAGUCCCUUUCGGAGCUGGCUGACCCCAAACCCAAGUCCAUCAAGCGCAUCAGCAGCUGCAGUAACCCCUUCCUGGACUUCUCGCAGGACUCCAGCAUCGCCACCUACAAGCACGGACUGUUAGUGCGCAAGAUCCACGCUGAUCCUGACUGCAAGAAAACGCCCCGAGGGAAGCGCGGCUGGAAGCCCUUCCACGCCAUCCUGAAGGGGAUGAUCCUCUACCUGCAGAAGGAGGAGUACAAGCCGGGGAAGGCGCUGGCCGAAGAGGAGCUGAAGAAUGCCAUUAGCAUCCACCACUCGCUCGCCACGCGGGCGUCUGACUACAGCAAGAGACCCAAUGUCUUCUACCUCAGGACAGCCGACUGGAGGGUCUUCCUCUUCCAAGCACAGAACCCCGAGCAGAUGCACUCGUGGAUCACGCGCAUCAACGUGGUGGCUGCCAUGUUCUCCGCGCCCCCCUUCCCCGCCGCCAUCGGCUCCCAGAAGAAGUUCAGCCGCCCGCUGCUGCCCAGCUCCUGCACCCGGCUGUCCCAGGACGAGCAGGUGAAGAGCCAUGAGACCAAGUUCAAGGCCAUGUCAGCGGAGCUGCUGGAGCACCGCUCCUCACUGCCGGAGAAGAAGGUGAAGGGCAAGGAGUACGAGGAGCUGAAGCAGAAGGAGGAGUACCUGGAGUUUGAGAAAUCCCGCUACGGCACCUACGCCAUGCUGCUGCGGGCCAAGCUGAAGGCUGGCUCCGAGGACCUGGCGGCCUUCGAGUCCACGCUCUUCGACGCAGCAGGCGGCGAGGACGAUGGCCUGAAAAAAUCCCGCUCCAGCCCCUCGCUCAACGCCGAGCCCUCCAGCACGGGCACCAAGGUGAAGCGCAACGUCUCGGAGCGCGCCAGCCGCCAGCCCCCCGGUCACCCCCAGAAAUCGUAAGCCAGGGGCACCAGCCGCCCGCGCUGCAGCUCCCAUCCCGCCCCCUGGCACUGGGGUGGGCGCCACGUGCCCGCCGGGACCCUGCAUGAGUCCAUCCUCUUGGGGCACGCGCUGGGGUGGGGACAGCCUUCCCCAGCCGCCAGCACCAGCCCGCUGGCCCCUUGGCUGGUGAGCGGUGCGGGGCAGGACCGGCCCCAGGCGCUGCCAGCGGGAGCUGCCCCAUCAGACUGAUUCCUGCCCCUCCUUGUUCUGCGCUUGGCUGCAGACUCCCCUCCAGCCCCCUGCCUCACGGAGGGGACGGGACUGAAACCUGCCGACUGGGCUACAUUCCGUGGUGUGAGAACCCAACGCAGCGCAGCCAGCGGCUGCUUUCCUCCAGCUCCGCUGUGCCGUCUGGGAAAGCUGGGACUGGGCAGAGAGGAGCCAUCCACACGCCCCAUGUGCCAGCCCUGGUCCUGGCCCCAUCCCUGAGGGCUGGGGGGAGCCAGGGCUCCCUCCCUGCUGCCCCAGCUGCUCCCACGCCUCCUGCUUUCUUACAACUUUUGAACGGUUUUUGUGAUACAGUUUUGCACUUUUUAGUACCAGAUCGAGCUGACCAACAGGGAGUUUUUUGGGGGCUAAUUUUGAUGCUUUUUGGAACUGUUUAAAAAAAAAAAAACAAAAACACAAACAAACCCAGCCAUUUCCUGUAGACACUGCACUCUUGGCAGGGGGAAGAGAGGUUUUUACAUGGCCUUGGGGGGGACGCAGAGCCUCCCUGGGCAGCGAGCCCAGCGUCGCUCCUAUGCGUGCUGCUGCGAGCCACCCAGCCUGUGCCCAGCCAGCCCGGCCUCACCCGUCCUGCACCAGCAGCCUUCCUGGAGAGAGCCAGCCCCGCAGGCACCACCGACUGUCUGCUUGGCAAACACGGGCACAGCCCCAGUCUCACUGUGCCCCUUGGCUGCGGUGUGAGGGGUGCACUGUGCCGGUGGGAUCAGGGACAGGGGCUUUCCUUCCUCUGCCACUGCUCCAAAGCAUCGUGGGGGCCUCGGAGGCUGCAGCACUGAGUGCUGGUCUGACGAGCGGGGAGAGCUGUGAGGUCCUGAGCUAGAGGAGGAGGAGCAGUGGCUGCAGCCCAUCCUUCAGCCGCGGGGUCUGUCCUUCCCCAGGCUGGCAGCAGGGUGAGCAGGGCUGGAGGGCGCAGGUCAGCAGUGGGUGCUGGUGCUCAGGUGUGGCUGCAGGAGUGCUGAGGGUGCAAGCGGAGGGGUCCAGAGCCAGGGCCAGCAGAAGGGCUGAGGGUAGGGGCUGCAAACACACGCUGUUCCUGGCCACACGGGACCCGGCUGUUUUCAGCACUGACUUUGCGAAUGUGUCAAACUUUUUAUUCUGCUCUUUUGAGUCUAUUGCAAAAAAAAAAAAAAAAAGAAAGGAAAAAAAAAAAAAAAAGAAAAAUCCACCCCUGCCCCAGGCGGCUCGGGGAGGGGGAGAAAAACCUUUGUACAGCUUCUUCUGUCGGUUACUGAAGUAAAACUUGCUCUUCA